AUGGCUAGGCUGCGGGCUCUGGGUUUGGUUUUUGUUGCGCUCUGUGCAGCGCAGCCGCCCUCUCGCCUUCUCCCCGCCGAUAAAUGCUGGCUGUCUCCGCAGUUCCGCAAAGCCUGCGGGUUUACUGGGAUUUACGGCAGCGAGUGUGUGCUGAGAGGCUGCUGCUUUGAUGAGGGGAGUGCGGAUGUGCCGCCGUGUUUCUAUUCCCUGGACAAUCUUCCCGUGUGCACCAAGGACGGGCAGGUCCUGGUCGCUAUCUCUAGAGAUCUGACGCUGCCUCCUGUAAACCUGAACACGGUACAUGUAAAGGAUGGGUCCGGAGCCGAGUGCCGUCCCACCGCCGUUUCUGCAGACACGGUGCUCUUCCAGUUCGCGCUGACCGAGUGUGGCACCGCUCAGCGGAUGGACGGAGGGAAGUUGGUGUAUGAAACGGACGUGUUGGGGCAGUUUGAGAUCUUGGAUGGAGCUUUGGGCUCGGUAAGCCGGGACACACCCUUCAGGCUCCAUGUGCAGUGCAGUUACAAGGGAAACCAGGAGUCCGACCUACAGGUGACGCCCCGUGUUUACACCCUGUCUCCGCCACUACCUGCCACUAAGGCCGGCCUCCUGCGUCUGGAGCUGAGAAUAGCGAGAGAUGGCGGCUACCGGAGCUGGUACGUGGCCGGUGACUAUCCCAUCGUGAGUGUGCUGCGGGACCCCGUGUUCGUGGAGGUUCGUGUCCUGAACCGCAACGACCCGUCCCUUGCGCUGGUUCUCAAUGAGUGCUGGGCGACUCCCGGGCCCGAGCCGUAUUCAGGGCUCCGCUGGGACAUCCUGGUGGACAGAUGCCCAUUUGCUGGUGACAACUACAAAACCCGCCUGGUCCCGGUGGGCGCCGCUUCCCAUCUGCGCUUCCCAACGCACCACAAGCGGUUUGUAGUCAGCACUUUCGCUUUCUGGGACCGGGUGUCGGCCCGGGCUCUGAGUGGGGAGGUUUACUUCCACUGCAAAGCUGAGGUUUGCUCUCCCUCCGCCCGAGACAACUGCACGGCUCCCUGUAGCCCCAAGAAACGAAGAAGCGUCAAGGAGCAGGCUGGGACCUUGGUGACGGCUGCUGGGCCCAUCAUUCUCCUGGAAGACGAGGAGGGCUUGCCCGCUGGACUCCACCCGCGGGAUGGAGGUGCUGCUGCUGUUUCUCCGUCCCAUGUCCUUCCUGGAGUGGCGGCCGGGGCAGCGCUGCUCUCCGUGGUCCUGCUGGUCGGCGCUGUGGCUUUGUGGAAACAGGAGGCCGGUGUCAGGGCGGCCUCCGAGGGCAGCUCCCUGGAACUGUAGGUCUGUUAGAUAAUAAACUG